AAUCACUGUUGAUGAGGGGAGUGGAACCUCAACCCAGCACGUUAUCGUGAUAGAGUCUGCAGAUGCCACGGCUGCAGGUCCUGGGGUCAAGCAGGAGAGGACUGAAGGAGAGGAGGACCCACGGCACAGCAGAGACAUUCAGUCUGGUGCAGCUGUAGCCAUGGAGGACCCCGCCACCACCCCAGCGCAGCCCAGCUCCCGACGCAGCAUGACGGAGGUCAGUGGAACGCUGAACGCCGUUCUCAAGUCAGAGACGGACACCAAGACUUUAACUGUAACACACAGGCCUUUACACACAGGAUCUGACGACAGGUCAGACCCAGAGAGUCUGGGACUGGGGAGACUGGGCUGUCCUCCUGCUCCCGGCUCAGAGUAUUUACUUUAUGGUAACCGAAGCCUGGUUCAUUCCCAUCGGGUCUCAGGUGACGCGUUAGAAACUGGCAAUUAUCUAUCUUUCUCUUACCCUACAGAGAUGGAUUCUGGCAACAUAUCCAUGGGUUUAGAGAGACAGGCUGAUCCGUCUAGAGGGGACUGGAACCGAUACAGUAGUAGUGUAUACUCUAAGGGGUGCCUAGAUAAGAAAGGGGAAGGUCUGGUCGAAGAGGAAGUGACUGUGAAAGUGGAGGGCGACUUUCCUCCCACAUGGAAUGCAGCUUGUCACCUAGGAGAUGGAUUCUCACAGGGCAGAGAUUUCUUAGAUUACAGUUUAAAGACCAAUCUAAAUGUCCCGACCCACUCCCCUUUACACGCGCUCAGGGAUUGCGGCCCAGUGUCCACGUCGAUGGCGCCUUCCGAUUUACAAGGCCGCGUCCUUUUCGAUCAGGUAUUGAACUCAAACGACAGGGCUAGAGUCCAGACUCAGGGAAAGGGAGCCACAUCAGGCAGUAGUAAAGAGAAACGGUUCCUCUGCAUGUUCUGUAACAAAGCCUUCAGCUGCACCCAGAAGGUAGAGAUCCACCAGAGGAUCCACACAGGGGUGAAACCCUUUAGCUGUACCCAGUGUCACAUGCGCUUUGCCCAGGCUGGCCACCUGAAGAGGCACCAGAGGGUCCACACAGGGGUGAAACCCUUCAGCUGUACCCAGUGUCAAAUGCGCUUUGCCCAGGCUGGUGACCUGAAGAGGCACCAGAGGGUCCACACAGGGGAGAAACCCUUCUGCUGCCAGCUGUGUGAGAAGAGGUUCUCCCGCCAGCACCAGCUGAAGAUGCACCUGAAGAUCCACACGGGAGAGAGGCCAUUCUCCUGAAGGCAUAUAUAGAUUUCUGUGUUGAAUAUUGCUGGGUUCCUCUGAUAUUUCAUCCAGACAUUGUGUGAUAUAAGGCAUACACACACACACACACACACACACGGAAUCAUAUAGUAACCCAGAAAGUGGUAAACAAAUCAAUGUAGCUGCCCUCUGCCUUGAUGACAGCUUUGCCA